GGAAGAAAGGAGAUCAAGUUCCUUUUAGUUUAAUGAUCUUAAUUGACUGUUGUUUCCUAGAAGUACAUCAUGGAUAUACUACCUCUGUUUCACUUUGUCAUAGUUUGAUUUGACAAAAAGCUUAGUAAAAAAGGAAUGCUUUUGAAACUUAUGGUCUCAAAUAUAUAGUAACAUUUGUGUCUUUGUAAAACUUUUGAAACUUGUGAUCUUAAACAUGUCAUAGCAUUUAUGUGGUCGUAAAAGCUUCAAAUUAAGAAAAUAUAGGGAUGCACCUUCUUUUUGGGAACAGACUAAUCAGGAAAUAGUGUCAAACAAAGUGAAAUGGAGAGAUAAACUUGAUUCAGUUAUCUUAGUUUGUAUAGAUAUAACCUGACGGUGACAUAAGACUUAAAACUUAUUUAAAUUUAGCAAUCAUGUAAAACAAAUAUAGGGAGAAAUUUUCGAAGCUUGCAUGCAUUCAUCGUCUAUGUUAUAUACCGUCCAAAUUCAGCAAUUUUUAUCAAUUGAUUUUUCCUAUGGAGUAUUUUCUGUCUCUGCCGGAAGGUUGCAUAUCGGAAAUUCUCUCUUUAAGGUUGCUGAAAGAUGUUGCUAGGUCUUCAACUGUCUCUCAAACAUUUAUGUCUGCUACAGAAUCCGACAUAGUUUGGGAGAAAUUUUUGCCUUCUGAUUAUGAAGAUAUCAUCCCUAGAUUAGACUCUUUCAUGGUUUCUGAUUCAAAGAAAGAACUUUACUUCAGUCUCUCUAACUCUCCGAUUCUUCUUGAUGGAGGCAAACUGAUUCUCAGAAGUGGCUAAACUCAAGUGGGGUCAGUGGCUUGAUAUCCGAGGCAAGAUUGAAACCCAAAUAUUGUCGAAAAGAACCAAAUAUAUUGCUUUUCUAGUGUUCAAAUU